CCCUCCGGGAGGCUUAGUAUUGAUCAGUUAGUAACUAUGAAGGUGCAGUACGACUUGGAAGGUGGUGUAAUAAAUCGGAGCGCGACUUCGAAAUCAGUUUCGAAGCUAGUGUUGUAUGGCGUGCUGCUGUCCGUUAUCGUGAUAGGAUGGGUAGUUUAUCAGCAGGGCGAAGCUUUGCGAUCAAAGGAGUUGCCGUGCCAGAGUUCGCCGAGUGUGCCGGUUAGUACCGUGGAGACCACAACCGCAGUUGUUCAAAUUUCACGAAGUUUACCAAGCACGAAUGAAUUGAAGGGAGAGAGCGUAGAUGGAUUGAUCGGGGCCCUGUUCGGUCCUGUAGUGGAAUCAGAGUCGGCAGUCGUCGAGCUAAAGGUGGAUACCGAUGGAUUAUUGAUAAAAUUCGGUGAGAAUGUGGAUAGCUUGGUGGAACUGGCCAGGGACUCCGAGAUCAGCACGAUGGUGGCCAUGGCCCUGCAGGAGUUGUUGCUGAUGGGCCAUGAGGGGAAAACGGGGAAGAAUGUAGACGUUGGGUUGAUGAAGAGCGAGAACUCGCACGAGGCGACUACAACAAGGAAUGUUGAAGAGCUCUGGAGUUGGUCGAGCGGUAAUUUACUGGAGUUUAAAUUUCGUUUGGAAGAUAACCACUGGGAGCUGGAAGGAGCCGCAGAGUACCGAUCCAGCGAGGAAAAGGAUUCGAAUGAGGGAUCCGAAGAAUCGACAGACGAUCGAUAAAAAAAAAGUCACAAAUUAUAGCUUUAAUAAACUGUAUUGAAUAGAGCA